AUGGCCUCUCUUAUCGACAGUGCCCUCGCAGUCACUUCUGUUGUGGGAAGCAUUCUUUCCUCCGUUGAGAGCGCCGUGUCCGUGACUGUUGGGGAUACGGAUACGGAUACGGAUGCCACCACGGCGACGGCAACACCUACGCCUACGCCUGCCAGCGCCAGUCUUGCUGAUUCGACAUUUCGUACGUCUGCUGAAACAGGCGCGGCCUCAAUCACGGGCGCAAGUUCGACCCAGACUGAAAGUGGUGCGCCGCCAUCAUCCACUCCAAGCGAACCUGCCGCAUAUUACAUUCAGAAAUAUGGCCUCUCCGCUGGCGCAAAAGCUGGCAUCGCCAUUGGAGCUGUUAUCCUCUUCAUCAUGAUAUUCGUUGCUGUGCUGCUUGUCCGAAGGCGUCGACAGCAAAAGAGAUCGUACCGCUUAGGCUCGGGCGUGCCGGGUCCUCCAUUUCGGCACUUAGGAGACGAAGCUCCACCUCCUGUCCUGGAGAGAGUACAUGUGCCUCCUGUCACCGAGAUCUACUCUCCUGACACUGAGAGACUAUAUCCGCCGCCAUACUCUGAAAGAUCGCAACAAGAGCUAUCUGCUACUAGGCAGGCAGAACAUCAAGACCUGUCCUAUCCACGCCAAAAUUCUGAACUGCACGGCACCAGUUUGUCCAGAAAUGAAAGAGGAUAUUCAUCUGAACAAGAAGUCGGCGUGACCCGGAAUUGCCAGCACAGUGCGGAGUUGCAGGUAGGUAAGCUUGCCUUUGGACGCAGACAAUAUCAGGCUCUGAACUCAUGCGUCUAUUUCACAGUGAUCAAUGCCGAAACACCAAGCACAGAUCAGAACGGCAGAGCUGGAUUCGGAGGAUCGACGACAGGACGAGGCUAA